AUGUUUGACGACGUGUUGGAGGAAGCCCGGGGCGAUUUGGCGGGAAACGAUUUAGGUCGUGUUGUCAUACAUCACCAAGGACUUCAUGACCCUAUUGUUGUUCCUCUCCAGCCCUGGGACCAGUUAAACGCAGACAGAGUAAUGGAAACUAUUGAGAAAGUACUCAACAGUAAUAAAGACCUCUGUAUAGAUGAGAGUUUUGAUAUUUCAGUAGGAUCCAUUGAUUUACCAAAAGGAAGUGGUGGACCGAGACGAAGAAUAACUAAACUAAAAGGAAAAAACAAUUCGUUACAGUUGAAAACAUCUAUAGUCACCAUAGAAAAUGACGACCAGAUGUGUAUUGCCAGAGCGAUUGGAGUCAGCUGGGCAAAACUCAACCGUUGUACUUCAGAAGAAUGGAAAGAAAUAACCAAAAACAGACAAAAGAAGAGUAAUCUACAACUCAUACUAGAAAAUCAGAAAGUACCAGAAAGUUAUUAUAAAAAAUUAAGGGAAAAGAAAAGAGAUGAACAACGACAGUUGGCGGCUGCAAUAAGUCAAUUAGCUCAAAUACCCAUGGAUAGACCAGCGAGUUUAGAAGAUAUCACGGCGUUUGAAGAAGUCCUGGGAGUACGCGUAAUAGUGAUCAGUGCCAUGUUGGGACCCUACCCAGAGGCUAAAUUUUACGGACAUGAUUUUAUGAGUGAGAAAGAGAGAUCUGAUUUGUUAGCAUGGUUGAGUGAGAAAAAGAAUGAUGUGUUUGAUUUUAGAAAAGAAAUGUUAGAAUAUUGUAGAAGUGAUGUUGAUAUUUUGAGACAAGCGUGUUUAAAAUUUAGAGAAUUAUUGAUGAAUGCUACGGACAGUGUGAUAUAUGUAAGUCGCCCGGGACAGUAUGAUCCUCCAUUAGGUGAUUACUUGGGGGAACUUACAGAUGAGCUUGACGGUGGGGAGUACAUUGUAGAGUUUGUGUCUGGUGGCCCUAAAAAUUACGCUUAUAAAACCAGUAAAAACAAAGAGACGUGUAAGUUGAGGACGCUCCUCAGGGUCAGGUUAAAUAUUAAGUCAAGAAAACAUAGUAUAGAAAUUGAGGAAACAACCCAGAGUCUGCCUGUAUUCGACCCUACUACUGGAAAAGCUGUGAACGCUCUUCAGAGUCAGAAAGAUGUUGAGCGGCUGAAGGCUGGCAAAUUUAAGUACAUUUUAUCACACCCUGAACAGCUUAUAAAGCCUGAAGUGAAGAGACUGUUGAUGUCACACCCAUUGGCAAAUAGAAUAACAAACAUUGUUGUGGAUGAAGCCCAUUGUAUCCUGUCAUGGGGAGCCUCAGAAUUUAGACCCGCCUAUAAAAAGCUUGGGAUGCUGAGAGCUGUUGUGCCAAAUGCAAACAUUUUGGCACUUACUGCAACAGCAACAUUAAAAGGCCAAGAGAAGAUAAUUUCCAGUCUGCAUAUGCAUAACACAAAGGUUAUUUCAGCUUCACCAGACAGAUGAAAAAUGCUAUUGUGGAAGAGAUGGCAGUUACUGAUAACCGAGCAAGUUCCAUACGAAUCUUAGUUGCCACAGAAGCCUACGGAAUGGGGAUGGAUGUUUCAGGCAUAAGGAAUAUUGUACAUGAUGGACCCCCUUCAACUCUGGAAUGUAA